CUCAGCUCUAUCGGACACCGUCUCUCUUCUGUGUUGUCAGAAGCCAUUAUUGUUGACAAUUAAACCCCUUCCUUGUCAGUCACAAAGAAGUCAUUCUCUUUUCAUCCAUAUAUGACUCUUUUGCAAUUACUUGGAUGACCUCGUCUCUCUCACCGAAGCAAUAGGCAUUGGGAACCUAACACGGUUAUCAGUGGUCUAUAGAUUGGAUACUUCCACAAGAAAUAAACCAAUUCAACAUGCCUCUAUCGUGGCCGUAUCACUUUGUCUCUCUUUCACCUGCUGAAGUACAACAACGUCGGGAUGUACUGACUAUUCGUGGUCACUACGCUCAGUACUCGACACUUGCCAUGGCUCUUUUUAUCAGUCUCUAUGCGCGUCUUUCGAAGAAACGCUCUGUUCGACCGGAACCCAAGAAACGGGGUAUAUCCUGGUGGAAUUCACCGCCUGUCCAAGGGUGGAAGGAGACGCGAAAGCAGUAUCUGCUGAUUCUGUCCUGGCUUGCAUUGUUAUUGACGCUGUCGGUCUGGAAAACCGGAAAUGAUUAUCUUCACCUGACCAAGUCACUGGGUCAUGUUGCACUCUCCCAACUGCCCUUUCAGACCCUGCUGUCGCCAGUCUCCUUCAUGUUCACGUCGAAUCCAGGACUGCCGUCAAUCCUGUCCAUCGUGACAUCGAUACCUCAGCCAGCAUUGUCGCCCUACCAUCGUCUCUUCGGCCGAUUGAUCAUCUUGCCUCUUCUUUUCGCUCAUGCUGUUUUGUACCUGUCAUUCUUUGCUCAAUCGGGCCACCCUGACUUUGGGACCCUCCUCGUCAAGCGUGUCCGAGAUUCCGAUGUCCAGUACGGCAUUGCGGGCCUCGUAUUGGCUGUCUGUAUCUUGUUCGUUAGACGUCCCAUGGCGCAGAGACCGGGGGCAACCCGUGUUGUAAGCAAGAGACGACGGACGUUCUACGUAGUACAUCUGCUUUCCGUGGCUGGAUUGCUUGCAGCUGCAUAUUUUCAUGUGGUCUACGCACGGACUUUCGUCCUGGAAUCUCUGGGAGCUUUUGUGAUCAGUGUGGGAUGCUGCUGGGCAAUGGAUGCAGGCAAGAGUGCAGGCAAAAGGGGCAGCAGUGCCAAGCAUCUCGGUUAAGAUUCUUCUAGAUGCAGUAGUGGUGAAACGUUGAACGCCCUUUUUGGAGUUUUGUAUAUGGUAUGCCAUCGGAAAGCCCGUGUAUAUCAAGCGCGGAGAGGGACGCGGUCCUGUCUUCUGCCGAAGCCGCCCAUCGAUCUUGUCUAUAUGAUUAUGACACGAGCAGGAAUGGGAUCCUAUCCCCUAGUCUAGCGGGAGUUUUGCCUCGUGGUUGAGACACGCAAAAGAUCCACCAACUAACCAAGGGCCUGGACCGCGUUGGGUUUAGUCACCGUUUGGCGAAGGAUGAUCGAGAUAAAGUUGCCGCUCGCAGAACAAGAGCGAGGAAUGUACCAGGACGGCGGCCCCCUGCGAUCGUCGAGCAAGCGUCUACUCUAGGGUAUCUAGAGUACGAUGAUAGUUGAUUAU